AACAGAACGCCUCCGGCCGGCAUCUCCUUUUGUGGGGCCCGGUGCCGAGCAACCGAGGCCGCGGUCAACAUCCAUUUUCCACUCCGAACAUCAAACUCAUCCGGAAGUAGGCGGAACCUCCCCCGUACCCAACCACAACAACGUAAUUCAUCAUCCCGUAUAUAAUGGCGCCGAUAACACCACCGCCGAGCGUACCGACGGUCGCUGAGACCAUUAAGCACCCCGCUUUCCCAACAGCACUCUGGGAUCUCGAGCCGGACCGCAAAGGUCUUGCGCCGGUUGCCCAUAGCCGCGGUGGACCAUUCAAUAUGUCUUGGGAAAUCCAUGGCAUCGGACCGACGAGACUCAUCUUCAUCAUGGGCCUAGGCGGCUUCAAAUCUGCCUGGCAGCGCCAAACCCUGCACUUCGGCCAUGAGCGACGCGACCAGUACUCGGUCCUACUGGUUGACAACCGCGGUAUGGGCGACAGCGACACCCCGCUGAUGCGGUACAGCACGAGCGAGAUGGCGCUGGACAUCGCCGAGGUGCUGGCGGACCCCUCCGUCGGCUGGCUGCCCUCCUUCCCCUUGCCAACAUCCCCACCACCCACACGCACCCUCAACGUCGUGGGGAUCUCGCUCGGCGGGAUGAUCGCGCAGGAGCUCGCCGUGAUCCUGCCGACCUCGCUCGCCUCGCUCUCCCUGAUCUGCACGGCCGCCGCCAUCCAAAACACCACCACCUUCGCCGAGAACAUGGCGCAGCGCGCCUCCCUCCUCCUGCCCAAAUCCCUCGACCGCUCCGUCGCCGACGCCGCCCGCCAGAUCUUCGCCCACGACUGGCUCGCCCGGCCCGACGACGUCCACCUCCCCACCCCGGGCACCACCCCCAACUGCCACCCGCCACCACCACCAACCCCGCCCUCCCCACCAUCCACCAGCGACAACAACAACCCCCCCGCGAAAGCCUACCUCAAAUUCACCACCAACGCCCAACGCUUCGUCGCGCAGGAAGUGCACAAACGGCUCGACGCCCAGGGGCGCUUCAAGCUGUCCGGCUUCGUGCUGCAGCUGGUCGCGGCCGGGUGGCACCACAAGAGCGCGGGCCAGCUCGGCACGAUGGCCGACGCGGUCGGGCGCGAGCGCAUCCUGGUCGUGCACGGCACCGAGGACGGCAUGAUCAGCGUGCCGCACGGCCGCAAGCUGAUCGAGUACGUGCGUCCGGGGAAGGGGUUGGUGGUGGAGGGGAUGGGCCACGCGCCGUUGGUGGAGAGGUGGGCGUGGUUUAAUGGGCUGGUGGAGGAGCAGUGUCGGGCUGGGGAGGGGUUGGAGGGGGGGGAGUGA